AUGGACAAGUUUGGAUGUUGUAGAUUAAAACCUGUUCCUUCAUACUAUGUAUGCAAAACUUGCUCUAAAAUUUUUCACAAAUCUUGUGUUCAGCGUGACAAGCAUAAAUACAGAUUUUUGGGCGGCUACCAAAUUACGUGCUGCAACCUAGAGGAACAAAUAGAGUCUGAAAUUGACCAAGAUAGCAUCUUAGAAAAAACGAUAUCAGAUCUAUCAGAAGACUCGGAAGCGAAAAGUAAACAUAUCCAGAAACUGAAAGCAGAAAAUGAAGUUAUUAUUGAAGAAGCUCAGAGAACAGAGGAGGAGUUAAAUAACAUUUUGCUGCUGCAUAAAAAAACACUUGAAGAAAAAGACUAUAUGGAACAGAACUACAUAAGAAUCGCCAGGGAGCAGGAAGAAUAUGUUAGGAGGCUCAGUGAUGAAAACAGUGAAGCCACAGGACUGAACACUACGUUAAACAACGAUAUUAAAAAGCUGAAAGAAUGCAUGGAAAAACUGGAAAACGAUUUUAAAUAUCUACACGACUUGAAAAAUAGUAUGACAAGUAUAGAAGUUUUAUUGGAAGAGAAUCUUAUGUUGAGGAAAGAAAUGGAUGACAACUCGGUGAAGCAACAUAGAGAUGAGAUGGCAGCUGAUAUUGAAACAGACAGGAAAAAUUCACACAAACACUCAAAAUCAAUUACUUCCACUGGCAAAAAUUCGAAGAAACAUCUAAAAUCAGUAACUCCCACUAAGUGUACUGGUAGUAACAAGAGUAGCGAAAUUAGUGUGCAUAGAAUAGCUCAAAGUAACCAGUCAGUGCAGACUAAUGUACACAAAAUUAAAAAACAAAUACUACUGCUGGGAGACACUUUGAAAGACCACAAAAAUCAUGGUCGAGAUCAUGGUCAUGCUAUAUAG